CAAUGGAGAAACAAUCAAAAAUGCUGUUACUGCUUGCAGUACUAGCUCUCAUCCAGGGGUCAAAAGGUCACGCAAGAACCUUCACACGAUGCCAGCUUUCAAGAGAGCUUUUACGAUACAAUUUUCCAAGAAGUUUAAUACCAAACUGGGUGUGCCUGAUUGAGCACGCUAGCGGCCGCACGACCGACAAGGUGACCAACCACAAUAACGCCUACACCAGCUACGGUCUGUUUCAAAUAAACAACAAGGAAUGGUGUAAAAAGGGCAGGAAAGGCGGUCACUGCAGCAUGAAAUGCGAAGAUCUGGUGAACGAGGACUUGGCUGACGACGUGCGGUGUGCGAAGAGGAUCUACGAUAGAGUCGGCUUCAAGGCCUGGCCCUCCUCCUACGCUUAUUGCAAGGAGAAGAGCCUUCCCGAUCUGUCUCGAUGCUAAUUUUUUUUUACAUAAU